AUGGACCCACCUAAGAGGAUAAAAUGCGAGGAGGCGACUAUCCUAGUUGAUCUUGGGGGUAUCUUCGUGCAUCCAGAAAUGGAAAGCAAAGUCGCUACACGCGACUCUACCAUUUCCUUGCGAAGAAUCAUGUCCACUUCCGUUUGGAUGACCUACGAGGCCGGGAAGCUCAGCGAUGAAGAAUGUUUCUCUCAGUUAGCUAAGGAAUACCACUUUCAGGCGAGUGACCUGGCGGCAAUGAUCCAGAAUCUUCGUGAGACUAUUACCUAUGAUCAAGUGGCUGCUUCCAUUUUUAGGGAAAUUAAACGCUUAGGAGCGCGCAUAUUCUUGGUGUCUAACAUCUCCAAGGAAGACUACGCGGCACUUCGCAACAGAUUGGAUAAUGGAUUUUGGUCUAUCUUUGACGGUGUCUUUACGUCGUCCACUCUAGGCGUCCGCAAGCCCAAUUUGAGAUUCUAUCGCCAAGUUCUCCGAGCCACAAGGGCACUGCCCUAUCGGACCUUUUUCGUGGAUGACAGUCCAGAGAACGUGCUCGCCGCACUUUCUGUUGGAAUGAAAGGAACAUUUGACACGACGAAGCUCUACCGAACAAUCACCAAUUUCGUCGGCGAUCCCGUGGAGCGAGGCCUAGCGUUCCUACGACGCCAGCGUGGGCUGUUUCCUACGACCACUCAAUACGGCGAGCCGAUAUCUGAAAACUACGCUCCUCUUUUGAUCCUAGAGGCGCUGAAGGACCCGAACUUGGUCAAUCUCAAAGCCUCACCUCGGCUCUGGAACUUCUUUGCUGGAGAGCCAAAAUAUACAAGUGACGCCUACCCUGAUGACUUGGACACAACCUCCCUCGGCCUAUUAGUAAUGCCUCCAGAUCUAACAGUAGUCCACUCUAUUCUAGACGAAAUGCAUGACUUUAUCGACGAAGAUGGCGAUGUACAGACAUACUUCGACAAAUCAAGGCCCCGUGUCGACGCAAUCGUAGCUCUGAAUGUUCUGACCCUAUUUUAUAAAUACGGACGCGGCCACGAGAUCCCUUUCACAAUGGAGUGGAUCUAUAACAUCCUCAUCAACAGAGCAUACGUUCAAGGCACGCGCUACUAUCCCAAUGGAGAGUGGUUUCUCUACUGUUUGACCCGACUUCUCCGUGAGUCGAGUGAUCCGACCCUGAAAGAGAUCCUCGAGGCUCCUCUCCGCGCACGUGUGGCCGAGAAAGUCGGGAGUACGGGCGACGCGUGUUGUCUUGGGAUGCGGGUAUUGGCAUGCAAUUAUUUUGGAAUUGACAAUUCCGUCGAUCGGCAGAAGCUCGUUGACAUACAACAAGAAGACGGUGGCUGGGAAGCCUCCUGCAUGUAUUUAGUUCCCGGGGCUAAACGGGAAGUUGGGAAUAGAGGGGCCAGCACAGCGUUUGCUGUCAAGGCCCUGGAGAACUGGUCCAGGUGGUGA